AUGAAAAUGUUGGCUAAAGCUGGGAGACACGCGACGUACCACGGUGACACCCUCCAGAAGAAACCCUCCAGUCACUCCACCUUCAAAGGAAAGACUAUGGUUUCUCAAGCGAGGGUUUAUUACGAUGUCAAGGGAGUGAGGACACUGCGAAUGAGAACGGAUGUGCUGGACCGACGUUCAGGUAUUCCCUUGUCACGGCAUAAUUUCAAAGUGUUGAGCGUAAGUCGAGAGUACUGGUUCAAAGAAGGCGCAUCCGGAGAUGGUGAUAGUGAGGAGGGAAGCUGCAGCGAAAAGGCAUCAGGCGCCUCUUCUACGAAGACCACGCACGCGUCUUGUCGAUAUCCAUUUGAAAACAAGGUCUUGCCGCCUAAGACUCGAAUAGUGGUCAGGAAGCUGAGAGCAGGCGCGGUCUCAGGCUUGCCGUUUCUGGAAUACUUUCAAUCGUUAACAUCUUCAUCUUCCCGAGAUCCUGAUAUUACCUUCCCGUCCGAACUCGUACGGGAUGCAUGUGAUGGUAUCGCCGCACCCUUGCCGGACCCGGAUAUAUAUCCUAGUGAAGACAUAACCGUAGCACGAUAUCUCGACCUACCUGCGACAGGUUGGGCCACGAUGGUAUUACCCUCCUGUAUGACAUGGCUGGAUGGUAACGAACCUGUCUUGAUUUUGAGCAGUCAGUGGAUGGCGUCGCGGCUCCCCGAUAUCUGCAUCGUUGAUGUUAUUCUCAAAGGAGAACCCCUCGUCGUUGAUCACCGGCGUGCUUUCUCUCAUUAUUCACCAAAGGGAUAA